AUGGAUGACAAAUCUAAAAUAACUCCUUAAUUUAUUGUUACACCAGAUGAAUAAUCUUAAGCUAUCUUAUCAUAAUUAUAGAAUGAUGGACUCAAUCCAGAUAUCUAUGAAUAAAUCAAAAAUGAUCCUCUUUUUUAAUAACUCAAUAAUGCUCUAUAAGGACUCCAAUCUACAGAUUAAGAAAUAUAAAAGUUGAAUGAUGAAGAAAGAUUGACAUUUGAGAUGUUUACAAAGAAAUCUUCAUUUAAUCAUAAAAGAGUAGAAGAGAAACAAAAAUUAGUAUUUAAAAAAGGUUUCAAGAUAGCAGAAUAGAAGUUCUAUUAAAAUUAAUUGAAAGUAUACAAAAAAAAGAAGUAAAAUCAGUAAUAAAUUGAUUUUUAUGAGACUCAUUUCAAAGAGCUCUCUUUGAAAAUGAAUAAGCAUUUAACCUAUUUCAUUCAUCCUCAAAAGUAAGUUUAAAUUACUAUUAGAGAAAAAUGUAAAUAGGAAUCAUCACUUAUUAGUCUGGUUUUAAAUCAUUCAACUAACCUUACAUAAGAACUAUAUUGAAAUCUAAAUCUUUUCGUUAAGAGAUUAAAAAUUACAUCCUCAAUCAUUUCAUCUAAGAUGUACAAGAAGAAAUGAGUUACAAGUUAUAAAAAUUUAUUAAAUUUUGUUCUAGAAUGUAUGAAGAAGCUUUAAAAGAAUUUUAUAUGUAUAGUGCUAAAAAUGAUGAUGAAGAAUAUUUUAGAAAUUUUAUAAGAUUGAAAAUGGAAUAGUCAAUAGUCAAAAAUUCUAAAUGUAAAAUUCCAUGGUCUUUAUAAGAAGUAAUUGAUGCAUAAAAAUUUGCAUUAAAUUUAAUUGAAUAAGAAAUGGAUAUGGAAAAUGAAUGA